AUGUCAGGCCCCACGAGCGGAGCAGUCGCCAGCACGGCAGGGUGCGUAAACGAAGCAGUGGCCAGAACGGCAGCACCCACAAACGGAGCAGUGUCCAGGAUGGCAGCGCAUCACAAUCUGCGCAGUCGCCAGCACGGCAGUGUCCUGAGGGCUCUUGCAGCAAAAUUGCUGCCCCGUAGUCAUCAAGAUCCUCAAGCAGAGACACUAUCUUCGACAUCGAACAUCAUAAGAAGAGUAGUCUCCAGAAUGGGCCAACCUAUCAUGAAUGGUGCCGCAGCAACAGUGUGUCAGGUGUAUACCAUUAAAGAAGUCAUUGCCCACAAUCAAGCAAAAAAGAACACAAUAACUAGCAUAGUUGUAUUCAGGGCAGCUAAAAUACCAAAUGGCUCCAUCCCACAACUGAGUGGAUCAGUUGAUGACGGCCAAAGCGCAGGGCAGCUGCCACCUUCUGAGUGGUACAAAUGUUGGCCUCACAAGCCCGCACCAAACCCGCAAACUGCGAGCCGAGCAGUCGCCAACACGGCAGCACCCCCGAGGCGAGCAGCAGCCAGCACGGCAGCGCUCGCGAGCCGAGCAGUCGCCUACACGGCAGCACCCGCGAGCCGAGCGGUCGCCAGCACAGCAGCACCCACAAGACGAGCAGUCGCCAGCACGGCUGCGCCCGCGAGCCGAGCAGUCGCCAGCACGGCAGUGCCCACAAGCAGAGCAGCCGCCAGCACAGCAGGGUUCGCGAGCGGAGCAGUCACCAGCACGGCAGAGCCCAUGAACCAAGCAGUCACCAGCACGGCAGAGCCCGUGAACCGAGCAGUCACCGUCACCCAAGAGAUGAGCAAUCAGCACAGCAGUGCCCGUGAGACACACAGUGGCCAGCACAGCGGUCCAAAAGCCAUAGUUCUUAGCAUGGCACUGCUCACAAGCCGGGCAGUCACCAGUGCCAGUGACUGGAGCAGCUGCCAACACAGCACUGCCCGUGAGUGGAGCAUACACCAGCACAACAGCCUCCACGAGCGGAACAGUCACUGA